AAACAUAUGAACCAUAUUUAUUUUUAAGUUGUGUGUGAGUGUGUGUUUUUAUACAGGAUAUUUUUUAUUGUUUUUCCCUUUGCCAUAUAUACUCAAUCGUAUUGAUUUCCGGUUUUUCGAGAUGGACAGACCGGGUUUUAAUAUGAAAACGACGAAGAUUCCAACAUCGACCGAUUCGGCGAGCGGAAGCGAAAUACCGACGACGGAUGCGACCACCGAGGGAUCGAUUUUAGAAACCGAUCUCCAAUCGAUAAUAAACAAGCUGAGCCCUCUCUUGGGCCCUUUGCCGCCCGGCCAGUCUCGCAAAGUCAAGUACGAAAAGGGCGGAACGUCCGUCGAGAUCAAAGUCCCCAUCGAGGACAAAGAGAAAUGCUUUUCCAUGAAGGAAAUCAAGCCGGAAGGGCAGGCCGAAAGGAAGGGAAGGGCUGCUCACGACGUCGAUAAAAAGUACAAGCAGGUGGCGACGGACGUCUCGUCCUCUGAAAGCGUUCCGAAGACACCGCAGAGGUCGUCUUUGUACACGAGCGAUGAGACGUCGAUCGAGAUGAUGUCCAGCAAGACGGAUGAGUCGAACAGUCUGACCCUGCCCAGGGUACCUUGUACCUCGAGCACCUGUAUACCACCGCCAUGCGAACCUCCUGAAGCCAACCCGGUUAAAAGGCACACGGAUGCACAAGAAAUGUUCGAACCGGAUGCCAAAAAGACGUGCCCUUCCGCUACUAACUUGCCUUGUUCUCAAGGCCACCAAGACAAUAUUGGCAGGUACAGUUGCAACCAUGGAUCUCACGGUCAUUCCAAGAGAAGAAUCAAAUGGUGCAACUAUCUCCCUAGCUUCCCUAGCGUUCCAGCGAGCCUCCCGAAGUCAAGCGAGCAGAAAAGCAAAGUCACAUUCAAAAAAUACGAAUCUGACGACUCGGGGGUAACCAUUCCGCAACUUUACAAAGCUCAUGUCGGAACUGGAUCUUAUCCGAAUAGAUUUACGUUUAGGGCUGUUACGGGAGCGCAGAACCGUUUCUCGGGGAGAGAGUACGACUUGUACCAAAAGAGCGGAGCCAGGCGAUAUCCGGCGGGAGACCCUUACGAGUCCCAGUUCCUGCUGGCCCCCCAGAUGCAGCAUUACCCUCGGCUCAUCACGCAGCCACCCUUCGUGAAAGCUGGGCCGUGCUCCGCUCCAAGCCAGAGGGAGCCGAGCAUGCAGGGAAACAAGCAAAACCCCACCUGCAUUCACCGACCUGUCUUCGGCGUUCCUCCUCCUUCUUCAUCCUACCCGGGCUGUCAGCCGGCGGUCACUCAAAGGAUCUGCGACGACUGCCAGAAGGUGGACAUGGGCCUGGACCCGAAGGCCAUGGCCAUGCCUGCACCCAAUUCCGUCGAUUACGAAGUCGACCCUGAAAAAGCGAGAGCUUUUCUCGGCGAAAAAGGAGAAGGUUAUAUAUCAGUGAAUACGAUCCCUGAAAGAGUUGACGUUUACUGCUUCGAUCAGUUAAAUACUGGGUUUUUCCGUACGUCCGACCACCCGCCUCCGCUAUUUUCCGAUGUGGCUGUGGAGACGACGGAGGCGAUAGCGACCCGUUUCUGGGCUGAAGUCUUCGGCAUGGUGAACAUCGUGAUAGCAUUCUUAGUCGCUAUGGUCCUCCAAUUCUUUAAGUUCUUACUCACGGCCAUCGUCCGCCCUCUCAUGAUAGGUUUCGUCCAGCUCUUUUCAGACUACUUCAUCAAACCCCUGUUGACGGUCAUUUACAACGGUUUCACCCAGCCUGUCUCCGUCUGCUUCUACAACGUCGUCGCCUCCAUACGCGACAUCGUCAACCCCAUCGCCAAAGCAUUCGGAUUUUUCAUCGAGCCGUUCGCGAACAUCGUCAAGUCCUUUCGUCUGGUGGAGAUCAAGCACGUUUACUCCAAUCCCGGACAGGCCGGUCCGGCCGCCGUCCCUCUCGUUCCUCGUGCCCCUUCGACAAUCAAGAUCCAAUAGGGUAGUCUCGAAUCGUGUAGGAAAAGAACAAUCCCGUAAAGGAGGGUUUCUGGAAAUAAAACUCAGAUUGAUGAUAGCCUG